AUGGAUACAUCAUAUAACCAUGUGCAACCAGUUGCUCUGGGUAAAAAGAAGAACAGCAACAAUAACAACAACAAAACUUCGAAUACAUCCAAUCCAAAAACCAUAAAUCCAUUUAAGAGUAACAACCCAAUUGGGAAACAAUCAGGUAAUACUAACAAAAAGAGAAAAUCUUUUCCAUAUCAACAUGCUGACCCUGUAGCGUCAACUUCCAAUAAAUGGGAUCUAAAUAGUAUGGGAACAUCUGAUAGUGAGGAAAGACGAAGAAAAAGAGCUGAGAGGUUUAACACAAAUAAUGCCAAUGGGUCGACAGCAAACCAGGGGAAUGGACUUAAUCGUGUACCGAGUAAGAAUUCGUUCGAUCCGCUCAAUGAUAUGGAAGAUUUUUCUAACUUGAAUGCAAUCGCAACUAAAUCUCAUGCUUAUGACAAAAAUAAGCAUAUUAUUGGGACGUGCCAAACUAUAGAAAAAUCUUAUUUAAGAUUAACUUCAGAACCAAACCCAGAGCUUGUUAGACCGUUGGCAGUUUUGCAAAAGGCUUUUGCUCUUCUUAUAGAAAAACAUAAAAAGCAUACCGUAACAUAUACAUACUUAUGCGAUCAAUUUAAAGCUAUUAGACAGGAUUUAAGAGUACAAAUGAUUGAAAAUAAGUUUACUGUAUUGGUGUAUGAAACACACGCAAGACUAGCUCUUGAAAAUGGGGAUCUGGGGGAAUAUAAUCAAUGUCAAAGUAGAUUACUUAUAUUAUAUGAGGACAACUCAUUGAAAAAUGCCAAUAAUAAUUUUGCUGAAUUUAUCAGUUAUUUGAUACUUUAUUAUAUUUUAACCGAUGAUAAUAGUGCAAUCAUGGCACUACGGUUGAAAUUGAGACAAGAUAACACAAAUACUUUUAAGAGCAAGAUGGUUCAAAACUCUUUUAGUUUAGCGGACGCAAAACUAAAGGGAAACUAUCAUGUUUUUAUGAAAAUUUGCGAUACAAUCACGACACUGGGGAAACACUUGAUAAAUGCUUUCAUUGAGAAGGAGAUAUUACGGUCUCUGAACACUAUAUGUAGUAGUUACAACCAAAUUGGCUUAGAUUUUCUAACGGAAGAAUUUCAUUUCCCAAGCGUAAAUGCAGUUGACUUCUUUCUCCGAAAGAAGGGCUUUGGUGAUUUCAUAAAGGUAAAGAAUCAAGGGGAAGUAAACGAAUUCAAGUAUCUUGAUACGAAGUCGUCGAAAGCACUGGCAUCUGCACUUUAUCAAAGCUCGAGAAAGAUAGAUCUAAAAGGUCAAAAAUAG